CUGGUCUUUUAGGGCCUCGCAGUCAGUGACGUAAUCCCCGGGCGACUGGGAAACAUUCAAAACAUUCAUCUGUUAGAUUUUUCGGUAUUCAAUUGUCCAGGAGCUUAACGUAAUGGCACUGGAAACGGUCCCGAAAGACCUUCGCCAUUUGCGAGCCUGUCUUCUUUGUUCUUUAGUGAAGACCAUUGACCAGUUUGAAUACGACGGCUGUGACAACUGUGAGUCGUACCUCCAGAUGAAGGGGAACCGAGAGAUGGUUUAUGAAUGCACAAGUUCCUCAUUCGAUGGUGUGAUAUCCAUGAUGAGUCCUGAGGACAGCUGGGUCGCUAAAUGGCAGAGGAUAGGUAACUUCAAGCCAGGUGUAUAUGCAGUGUCAGUGACCGGCAGACUUCCUCCAGGCGUUGUGAGAGAGUUGAAAAGCAGAGGAGUGAUCUACAAAUCCAGAGAUACAGCAGUGAAGUCCUAAACCUGACGAAGAGACGAAGGCGGGACUAAAUGUGUUUAUGUCCGUCAUGUCUUAUGGAAAUGCCCUUCAACUGUUCCAUUUUUGUUUAUUUUUGUUAUUAGAAAUAUUAGCACGGGAGGUCAGUUUUUUAAGAUGUUGUUUCUUUGAAUAAAUGCGAAAAAUAAAGGUC